CAAGAUUAUGCGCACUAGUUCUGAAUGUUGUUCUCUGUGACAAUUAUUCUUUUUUUCUGUAAAUUGCUCCUCCAUCAGUCUGUCUAUGGAAGUACAAUCAAAACGAGCAAACACCAAACCAGAAAGUAGAAUUCCAAAUCAGCUGCUUUGCCAUUGUCAAAUACUAAACAUCACGUAAUCGAAAUAUAGUUUUUCUUAUUUUCACCCAAAAAGUCUAGUUGUAGAAAUUCUUCAAUCAAAAUCACGAGCAUCUCAAGUUUUAGGGAUUUCGAAUAACUAUCCCACACACAAGAGAUAGAAGGAAAGAAGUAUAGAUAGGACGUUAAUUUUAUUAGAUAGGAAAAAAAGGAAACCCCCACGCACAGAAGCUUUCCUGCUGUCCCUGGGCAACACUCACCCAAAAUGGACUCUUCGUAUGUAUUUAAUGAUUUGGAACCCAGCUAUGCUGACCUUCCAAUGGAGAUAAUUGUUAGCAUAUUCCGCUAUUUGAACUACUCCGAUAUCCAAUCUUGUUCAUUGACCUGUCGUCGUUGGCUAGAGGCUACCAAAUACAGUGAAUUCCAAUCCAAUGUAAUGAUUCGGAUAACUAAACUUUGUGUUUCGGAUAAAUUGCCACCAGGAAAGGUAUUCCUUAAUAGUGAUAGGCCCUUUCCUCACAUUUACAUGGAUGAGGCAACUUUUGGGACAUUGGAUCACUUCUUUUCACAUAUGGGCAAGUAUGCUCAAUCUGUGACCUUCGAGUCGACUGACAUAACUGAAAAACAAUUCUGCGCUGUUCUUGCCGAACUUCAAGGCAUCAACACACUCUCGAUAGUAAGAUGCACAUCGUUGUUCAUGACUGGGCAAUUCUUGGAAUCACCAACAGAUCGCAAGACCAUUGCUGAUACCAUGUCUCGAGUUCGAUUCCUCUCCCUCAAAUUCAACCAAUAUCUUUCGGAUGCGAUUCUACUGAGGAUAACCCAACUAAUAUCGAGUCUUGAGAUGUUGGAUAUGUCUGGAUGUCAUAUAGCCUAUCAUUGUGCUAUACAGAGACGAUUUUAUCCAGAAGAGUUGGCCAAUCAUCCAAGUGAAUCGAUUUUAACAUUUAAAUUCAUCUUGCAUGUGAUUCGGGCUCAUCAGAAUUCAUUAAAAGAACUCAAUUUUAGCAAUACAUUGAUUGGAGGUGGUGCUAUGACAGCAUUGUGUGAGAUACCAUUUUUGAAGUUGGAAAAACUAUUGCUACACUCCUGCCGUCAACUGAAUACAUCUGGUAUUCGUGGUUUCAUCACAGCACAAACAAAUCUUCGUACUUUGGACUUAUCCGAUACACUUUGUGUUACUGAUGAAUGUCUCGAGACAAUUGUGGAUAAUUUGAAAUUUAUUGAAGAACUCAAUAUCAAAGGUUGUACAAAAGUCACAAAAGAAGGUGCAUUAUUGUUGGCCAAAUUGUGUGGUAGUCUCAAGUCAUUGAAUAUCUCGCAUUGUGAUGGUAUAUCGGGUGAUGCAAUUGGCGAGGGAAUUGCUAGGAAUCCAAAUCCAAAAUUAGAAAAAUUAUACAUGUCGCAUUUGAAUAUCUGUGAAGAUUGUGUCAUGAAGUGUGGAGUGAAUUUAUACAAUUUGCGUGUUUUGGAUAUAAGUAAUUGUAUUAACGGAGUCACCGAUCAAUCCGUCCAGGUGCUACUCAAGAAUUUGGUUUUAUUGAGAGAAUUGAAUAUGGAGGAGUGCUUUCGGAUAACAGAUGCCGCUCUAACUGGAAUCAGUGUAGAAACUCAACCCUCCGAACGUCCAAGAUCAUUAUCAAUGGAAUUUUUCCAUCAUAUGCCACCAGACAAUGUCUCGGAGGGGGGUUCUUUGAAAAUUUCCUUACGCAGCAAAGCCGAAGAAGAAAUAGUCCGAGAUGCUGAACGCAAAAAAGCUCUCCUAGCCGUUUAUGAGCUUAAUUUGGAUGAAUCGAAAAUCAAUGGCGUGCCAAUAAAAAAUCUCAAAGGUUUACGUAAAUUAAACCUUCGAGGAUGCAAUAAAAUAUCUGAUGUCUCACUCAAGUAUGGCUUCAUAUUUUUAGAACUACGUAAUUUAUUACUCUCGAACUGCCAACAAAUAUCUGUGGUCGGAAUGGAGGCUAUGGUACAAAAUUGUCCAUCCAUUGAAGAGUUAGAUCUCUCCGACUGUUAUAAUAUCAACGAUAAGACUAUUGAAAUUGUCACAAAAAAUUUAAAACGUCUUAGAUCUUUACAUAUAAGCGGUUGCACUCAAUUAACAGAUCAUAGUUUGGAUUCGAUUGUUGUUAAUUGCAAAGUUUUACAUACCUUAUCAGUAUAUAGAUGUCGACGCAUGUACUCCGACAUCGAGGAACGUUUGAUAAAUAUGCAUUCAGUGCGUGUCCUUAAUAUGGAUCACUCAGCCACUAUGGACAAUGGCGAUAUAUUUCGUUUAAAAAAGCGAUUAGAUUACUGAUAUUUUGCCGCAAUUUUCGUUGUAUUUAUUUUGUAUUAUUUUCAAUUGUAUAAUUUUCGUUAAAUAUUCUUAAGAAUCAUCAGAGCUAAUGCUGUUUUAAAACAUUGAACAUAUGAUUUUUUAAAUUAUGUAAAUUUAUCAACUCAUUUUUUAUCUUGACUCUGUCUUCGAAGGGGAAAAAAUAUUUAAAAAUAUUUAGAAAAAAAAAAAUUGUUGUUAAUGUUAAAGUUUAUCACAUAAAACAUUUAUUUUAUUUUUACAAACAAAAAAAAACACAAAAAACUUCACCCGUUAUUUACACACAAAAAAGAUACACAUUUCUAUUUUGAAAACUAAACAAAAGUAAAUUUUAAAAAAAUAUUCUAAAACAUUAGCAACGAAUGUAAUUUGAGAUAAAAGAGCCGGAAGGUUUAUAUUGUAGCCAAUAAAUUGUUACAUUAAAUGUUUGAAUAAAAAAAAAAAUAAAAAUCAUCUAUUUAGAAUAUAAGCCGCAUAAAUGUAUAUAGAUUGGUCAAUCGAUUCUCUAAUCGAGGGAUUUUUUAGUGAGACGCAGAGAAAAGAAGUGAUAUAUUAUAAAUUAUGAAGAAAUAAAAAAAUAAAAAAAGUCAAAAUUUGUAGAACAAUUCUAAAUUAAAUUUAAAAUCUAAAUAAAAUUUACAUUAAUUAAAUAAAUACAAUAUAUAUGUACGAAUCUGUGAAAAAAGUCAUGACAUUGGUGUAUAUGUAUAUAUUAUAUAUACUGCAAAAAAUAUUAGCAUUUUAUUAUGAUAUAUAAUAAUUAUAAUAUAUAUAUAUUUUAAAUAAGUUACAUGUAAAAGUGUAUCAGUACGUUGUUAAUAUUGUAUAAACAUUUAAAAUGAAGAACGAAAAUAUUAUGCAUCAUCGCUACUACUAUUCGGGUGGCGCUUUGUGAGCACCCCAGCCAUGGAAACAUUUCGUAAAACGUUUUGAUUCCUUGUUCUUGAGGGUGAGGAAGAGUUUGCGCGGUCUUUCUGGUUGUUUGAUCCUCAUAUGUUGAAUGUAUACCUGGAGUAAAUGUUAAUAAUAAAUAAAAUCAUUAAUGUAUAAAAUUC